CAUCAAUGACGCUCUUCCUGCCUGCGAGGUGACGCAUGUGAGCAGCCUCUUCCGCUAGAUCCUGUUGUCCGCCGGCACCGGGUGCUGCUGCUAUUGCAGUCCGCCAUGGGGAAGUCCGAUUUCCUCAGUCCGAAGGCGAUCGCCAACCGUAUCAAAUCGAAGGGUCUGCAGAAGCUGCGCUGGUACUGUCAGAUGUGCCAGAAGCAGUGCCGGGACGAGAAUGGCUUCAAAUGUCACUGCAUGUCAGAGUCCCACCAGAGACAGCUGCUGCUGGCUUCUGAGAAUCCACAGCAGUUUAUGGAUUAUUUCUCUGAUGAAUUCCGCACUGAGUUUUUGGAACUUCUGAGAAGACGGUUUGGAACUAAGAGGGUGCACAAUAACAUUGUCUACAAUGAGUACAUCAGUCACAGAGAACACAUACAUAUGAACGCUACACAGUGGGAGACGCUAACAGACUUUACAAAGUGGCUGGGCAGAGAAGGUAUGUGUAAAGUGGAUGAAACCCCAAAAGGCUGGUACGUUCAGUACAUAGACCGGGAUCCAGAAACCAUCCAGAGGCAGCAGGAACAAGAGAAAAAGAAGAAGCAAGAUCUUGAUGAUGAGGAAAGGACUUUCAAAUUUAUCGAGGAGCAAGUUAAAAGGGGCAAAGGUGAAAAAGAACAGGACACUCCUGUCUACACAGAAUUAAGCAGAGAAAAUGAGGAAGAGAAAGUUACAUUUAAUUUGGGCAAAGGUGCAAGUACAUCAGUGCCAGCUUCUUCAAAGUCCGGUUCACUUGCAUCCAAUGCACUAAAAUCUGCUGCCAUGACUGGGCCGGUAAAGAGAAAGGAACCCACUCCGAGCCAACCUAAAGAGAAGAAGAAGAAGAAAUCUGCACUCGAUGAAAUAAUGGAGAUGGAGGCACAGAAAAAGAAAACGGAGCGCACAGACUAUUGGUUGCAGCCUGAGAUUGUUGUGAAAAUUGUAACCAAGAAGUUGGGGGACAAAUAUUAUAAGAAAAAAGCUGUGAUAAAGGAGGUAGUUGACCGAUACACCGCAAUUGUGAAACUUGUUGAUUCAGGUGAUAAACUGAAGUUGGAUCAGACGCAUCUAGAAACUGUUAUCCCAGCACCAGGGAAGAAAGUUCUGGUUUUAAAUGGACGAUAUAAAGGAAUCUUUGGCAUCCUGGAUUGUAUAAAUGAGAAAAGUUUUUCUGCUACAAUAAUAAUUGACUCAGGUCCAUUGAAAGGGCAGAAGGUGGAAGGUCUCCCUUAUGAGGAUUUUUCCAAGGCAGCAUGAUUGCAAUGUGCAGCGCCCAUCAAUAAUCUGCUGGAAAGAUUCAAAACUCUACUGUGUCAGGGUUUUCAUUGACUGUAAAUGUUUAUAUUUAACUCACUGAGGAGGAUUCACUGCAAGUCCCAGCUUGGAUGUUUCUACAUUUUUAUUAAAAUAUAUUCCUUUCCCAAAUAA